AUGAAUUGGAUUUACAUCUUAGCCUGCAUCUAUGUAUCGUCACAAUUCCUGGUGCUCGAGGUUGCCGGUUCGGGAUUGUUUGAGCUGGAGCUACGCUACUUUCAAAACGAGAAAAGCAUCGACCACAAUGAAAGGUGCUGUUCCGGGAAGGCGGAUGCACUUGGUCGUUGCAUCGGAACCUGCAAAACGCGGUUCCGAGCCUGUCUGAAGCACUACCAGGCCACGAUCGAUACAACCUCACCCUGCACAUUCGGUGACGUCAUAACGCCCGUGCUGGAAGGGACGACACUGAACUUUACAGCGAUCACUGGCACAACGGAAGGUUUCGCCAAUCCGUUACGAUUUCCGUUCGAUUUUGGUUGGCCGGGAUAUUUUACACUGAUUAUAGAAGCAUGGCACGAUACAAACGAAACAACGACGCGAUCACCAGGUACCCUCAUUUCCCGCCUCUCAAUCCAGCGUAUAUUGGAAGUUUCGACCGACUGGAUGGAAGACAGUUACAACUCAUCGCACACGAUGAUACGGUAUGCGUUCCGGGUGACGUGCGAUCCGAACUACUACGGUGAUGGCUGUGCCAAUUUGUGCCGCAAGCGGGACGAUCAAUUUGGCCAUUACACCUGCGCACCGAUCGGUGAACGUGUUUGUUUGUCCGGGUGGCAGGGAGAAUACUGUACCGUUGCCCGCUGCACACCCGGAUGCCUUCACGGACACUGUAACAAACCGAACGAAUGCAAUUGCCAAUCAGGAUGGAAAGGUCCGCUGUGCGACGAAUGUGAACCCUAUCCCGGUUGCUUGCACGGCACAUGCAAAAAACCCUGGGAGUGCGUCUGCAAGGAAGGCUGGGGAGGGCUGUUUUGCAAUCAGGAUCUAAACUACUGCACCAACCACAAACCUUGCCUGAAUGGGGGCACCUGCUUCAAUACGGGCCAGGGAUUGUACACGUGCCAGUGCCGACCGGGUUACAGGGGUACUGAAUGUGAACUGAGCAUCACGAGCUGCACUGAUCAGCCUUGCCUUAAUGGUGCCACCUGCCAGAAUGUGUCCGAUGGAGAGACACCGAUGGACGCCGAUGGACGCAAGUAUCAGUGUCACUGUGCGAAAGGCUGGAUGGGAAGGCACUGUGAACGGGAAGCUAUCACAUGUGCAGAAAAGCCAUGCCAUCAAGGAACGUGCGUCGACGUGGUAGCGUCUUCUUCCUCCUCGUCAUCCACAACAUCCAACUUCCGGUGCGAUUGUCCACCAGGGUAUAGUGGGACGGCAUGCGAGAUCAAAUCCGGUGAAUGCUAUUCCAACUACUGUGCCAAUGGCGGUACUUGUCACGUGGCCGGACCAUCUUCCACUGCGGUCUCUUCUUCUGCCGCAUCAUCAUCAUCAUCAUCAUCAUCAUUGUCAGCAUCAUUUUUUGGAACCGGAAAUAAUAAUAAUGGAUUGCUGAUGUGUCUCUGUCCGGAUGGAUUUGUGGGUGAUCGUUGCGAAGAAAAUGUGGAUGAUUGCGUCGGUAAUCCGUGCUUGAACGGAGGCACGUGCCUUGAUGCAGAAAACCAUUUUAAAUGUCAGUGCAUACCCGGAUUCAUUGGAACGCACUGUGAAAAAAAGGUAGAUCUCUGUCUCACGAAACCCUGCGCAAAUGGUGGCAUUUGUACAAAUCUGGAGAACGAUUAUCGGUGCCAGUGUCGGGCCGGUUUUACUGGCAAGGAUUGCAGUGCCGAUGUAGACGAAUGCAUUUCAGCCCCAUGUCGGAACGGUGGCACGUGCAUCAAUAGGGUAAACAGUUACCAAUGCGUUUGUGCCGGUGGUUACCGUGGCCAUUCUUGUGAGGAAGAGUCGUCCACGGCAGUUCAGCGAGAUGCUGCCGUUGAUGGUGGCGACAUUCAUCACCAUCAUCAUCAUCCGCAGCAACAGCAGCGUUACAGCGGUGUAGACGGAGUGGAGAGUAACAGUCGUCAUGCUGAUGGGUUAAGCAGUGGGCAGAUCGUCCUAAUAGCAAUGUUCUCGAUAUCGACUCCUCUGUUGGCAUUUAUCGCGACUACUAUCGUUAUCUGUCUGAAGCGAAAACGCCAACGGGAGCAGGAAAAGGACGAUGCAGAAGCGAGGAAACAGAACGAACAAAACGCAUCUCAUAAUCUAUCCACCUCGUCACACCACCAUCAUCAUCAUCUACAGCAGCAGCAGCAGCAGCAACAGCAGCAGCAACAUCAACUUCAUCACCAACAGUCUUCCUCAUCAACCACAUCACAGAGUGGCUUGCUUCAUUCCACUUCCCAGCAGCAGCAGCAACAGCAACAGUACCAUAAUGGCUUUCACAAUCACCUCCAGUCCUCGGGUCAGAAACGGAACAGUAGCAAUACUCUUUCGAACUUUGACAGUUCGCAUCACAUGAUUAAGAACACCUGGGAUAAAAGCAUCAACAAUAUGCCGUCCCCACCUACGUCAGGUAGUGGCGGAGGCGUUGGUGGUGGCGGCGGCGGCAGUAGUAGUAGUGGGAACUGUAGUGCAAAUGUUGGUGCUGCUAGUGGAAGCGUUGCAUCCGCAGCACUAUUGCUCGGUGGUGCGAAUAUGGAUGAUAAUAGCUGUCUCAUGGCCACGACAGCUGUGGGUGGAGGAGGAGCAGCCAGUGGUGGUGGUGGCGUUACUAGUGCUGGUGCUUUAUUAUACCUAAGCGCCACAGAUGAUGGACCCACGAUGACGUCCUCUUCGACAUUGCAACGUGCCAAAUCGCAGAAACAACUCAAUACAGAUCCAUCGUUACUGUUACAGCAGCAGCACCAGCACCAAAACCAUCAUACUCCAAUGUUGUCGCAAACAUCUGCAGCAUCUCUUCAGCAUACCUCAGCAAAUGGCGCAACUGUAGGGGGCACUGUACUGUCGUCUCCAACCGUGGUGUCCUCCGUGGCACCAUCUUGUAGCAGUGCUAGUGGAAAAGAUUUAUUCGAUAAGCGCAUAUCGGUGUUGUCUGAGUCGGGACGAUUAUGCCAUUCCCGUUGGAACGCAGCCACACCAGUAGGUGUAGUGGGCGGUAGUCAUACAGUUGUUGGACCUUGCAGUCCUCCACACAUUUAA